CAUGUAUAAAGACUCAAGCACAUCCAGCGUAAUUCAAUUUCCUACUUUCUUUCUCUUUUUUUUUUUUUUUUUUUUUUUUUUAGUAUGUCCACACUUACAGAUGAUUCAUAUAGGGAAUUAGCAAUUCAGCCAUCACUUGUGUAUCCAUCAUUACCAAAAUACAACCGUCUACAAACAGAUGACGAUAACAGACAAACCUGUAUUCACUUUGCUUCUAGACUUAUUAAACUAAGAUCAGAAUUAAGAUCACCUUCUUACAUGAAGUCAACACCGUUAUUAAGUAGAGUAAACUCUUUGCCCAAUGUAAAUCGAUAUCAACCGGAAGAAGAUGACGAACAGAGCAUUAUUACGUAUAUCACAGACGAAACCUCCAUACCUGUACACUCUAGACGUAAGAACCAUCAUUAUUUAGCACUACCGCCCAUUACCUCGAAAAGGUCAUUGUCUUUACGUGAAAUGACACGACCAAUGAAAAACGAGAAUCGGUAUACUAUAGGAUUUACAACACAACUGUUUCCAUCUGAGAUGCAGCAUGAGAAGGAGGAGGAGGAGGAGGAGAUAGAAAAAAAGAAGGAGGAGGUUGUCAUGACACCCACCCCGAGUCAUUCAAAUAAAAGUGUGUACAGUACCAUGAGUAGCGAUAGUGAAGAUGAUUUAAAUAAUAAAAAUCUUAUAAAAACAAGAGCGACAGCCUUUUUCGUCUCUUUAUCUCCGUGUUCCGCGGCUGCUGCAUCAGUCGCUAAAUGGAAACGAAGAAACAUACGCAAAGGCAAACACUUAAUUUAACUCUCUCUCUCUCCCCCCCCCCUUUAUUCUCUUUUUCAUAAACAAUAAAAUAUGCACAUUAAUUCACUUUGCUAAUUUAGUCAUGGUGCCAUUUCUCAAUUAUUUUAUCAUUGAUACGAACCUAUUUUUAUUUUUUAAAAAAAAA